CUUCUCUCCAAGAAACGCAACACUACUUUAGCUUCUUAAUUUUUUUUUUAGCUUCUUAAUUUAUCAAUGGCAAACCUCACUACUUUUCCACCCCCAGAGCAAAAACAUGAACUGCCAAAUCAAAAAGCUCAACACGACAUUAUCGUCUUCGUCAGACGACCUAAUGAGAACAACAAGACAAAGCCGAAGCCGCCUUCGUCUUCUUCGUGGAAAUCCUUCAAGAACAUCUUCAGUUGCAGGCGGGCUGAUGCCGCAGCAGUAGUGGUCCCGGCCGCCGCCCCUGUCCCGUCAUCCACUAAGAAGAACAGGAGCGGCGGCGUGCUCGGCCCUUGCCGCUUAAUCUGCAGCUUCGGCGGGAGCGCCGCCGCUAGCAGGCGAGUGGUCCACCGGUCGGAUGACGACGACGACUUUCCUGAACCGGCUGAACGGACCGCGAGCUUGGCUCGUCAGGGUUCUCCACGGGUUCCCGGAAAGAAAGGUGGCUGCCGCAAUGGCGGCGGCGGCGGCGGUGGCGGAUCAUCUUCCAGCAGGUGGUCCUUGGCGUCCGGUUCGUCGUCGAGACGAAUGCCCCUGAAAAAGCUGUCCGGGUGCUAUGAAUGUCAAGCCAUUGUUGACCCUGCCAGGUAUCCAAUGGCAAGAAGAACGAAAUGCACAUGCCCAGAUUGUGGAGAGGUUUUCUCAAAGAUCGAGAGCGUGGAACAUCAUCGAGCUGUUAGGCAUGCUGUUUUGGAGUUGGGCCCGGAUGAUUCAAGCCGAAAUAUUGUGGAAAUAAUAUUCAAGUCCAGCUGGCUAAUCAACAAUAAGGACAGGCCCGCUUGCGAGAUCCAACGGAUACUGAAGGUCCACAACGCCCCCAGCACGAUCCAACGGUUCGAGGACUACAGAGACGCCGUCAGGACACGCGCUGCCGUCUCUGGCGAGAAGAGCCCGAGGUGCGCCGCCGAUGGCAACGAGCUGCUCAGGUUUUACUGCACCACCCUCGCGUGCCCCCUCGGCGCCCAAGGCUCCUCCAGCCUCUGCGGCUCCCUCCCCGGCUGCGGUGUGUGCACCGUCAUCCGCCACGGCUUCCACGCCAACAAGCCGGCGGGGAUCCGGACCACCGCCAGCAGCGGCGGGGCCCACGGAUCCCGACGCGGAGAUGGGAGCUGGGCGAUGCUGGUAUGCCGGGUGAUAGCCGGAAGAGUGGGGAACACCGCGGCGGCGGCGGCGGGAGGUGAUGGAAAAGAAGCGACUCUCGGCGCGGAAGAAGACUCGGCAGCGGCUCAAACCGGGUCGUACGACUCGGUAUCCGGGUGCGGCGGGUCAUACCCGAAUUUGGAAGAACUGUACGUGUUUAAUCGUAGGGCUAUACUUCCGUGCUUUGUCGUGAUAUACAAAGCUAUGGAAUCUUAGGGUGUUUUUUAUUUGUGCCGUUUGUACUACCUCAUUCCCAAAAUAUUUGUCCACUUUCAUUUUUACACAUCAUCCAAUGUAUUUCUUUAAUCUAUUUUAUCUUGUAAUUUGUAUAUUAAAAAAAUAUAGAAAUUAUAUAUUAAUAAUCUACUCCGUAUAUG